GAAGUAUCAUAUGAUAAAUCUAUCAUUUUUAGUCUUUGCUAAUAUAUAAGUAAGUCUCUUUAUAUAUGUUAAACUUGCGCAAAAAACGCGUAAGAACGACUGACAUCUUGCGGUACAAAGUAGUUUUUUUAACUUCUUAUCACCGGUUUGUUUUCAUGUUGAAUUUUUAGAAGUUAGGAUGUUCAAAUUUUGCAAGUCAAAUAUAUUUUUAUCCACAGUUUAUUGUAAGUGUUUGAUACGACGUCAGUCUGAUGUUCGGAUUCGAAGAAGAUUCAAUAAAACUGUAUUUAAAACAAACAAUUUAGCAGUAUUGAAUAGGUAUCAUCACACACUUGGCAAAAUGAGUGACGAUAUUUCAUUAUUUACUCUGCCGAACACUCAGCCUAUUGUUCAACUUGAAUGUGAAACAGCAUUCAAUGCCCUUACACCAAAAGAAAAAUCAUACGCUCAUUAUCUUAGCCAAGCAGCAUGGAACGGAGGACUUAUUGUAUUUAUACAAACAUCCCCAGAAUCGCCAUUACUUUUUGCUCUACUCCAUAAAGUAUUUCUUGCUGAACCAAUAGCUGACAUAAAGAAAGUUGCACUUGGAGCUGGUGUUACCGAAGAGGAAUUCACUGCAUUCCUAGUAUAUACUUGUGGUCUGUUCUCUAAUUCUGGUAAUUACAAAUCGUUUGGUGAUAGUAAAAUUAUUCCAAAUUUGCCUAAAGAUAAGUUUGAAACAAUUAUUAAGAACUCAAAGGCUUACAAAGAAGAUGCUUCAAGCUUGCAAUCUCUGUGGGAUAAAGUCAAAGAUGCAGCAUAUUCUUUAGACGGAAAAGUCAAGUCUUUAGGUUUAGGAGAUAAAGGUAUCACAACAUAUUUUUCAGCAAACUGUACAGAAGAUGAUGCUGCACUUGUUAAUGAAUACAUGCAAGCAAAACGCUUAGAAUCAUACAAUGCUAGAUGUUUUAAAACAGAUGUAAAAGGUGACAAUUUUAAGUGUAAGUAUGAGAUCAGAUUAGCAUCAACUGAAACAAGUGAUGAUCCUAAAAUCACCCUUCCUGAAGAAGUUUUCAAAGAAGCUCAAUUCAAAAUUACCAGAGGAGACUAUGAUUUACUCCUCUUGUCAGUUGUUGAAAAUUUAAAGAAGGCAAAAGAACAUGCUGCAAACGAAACUGAAGUGAAUAUGAUCAGUAAAUAUAUUGAACAUUUCGUGACUGGUUCACUGGAAGAGCACAAAAAUGGUUCUAGAUAUUGGAUCAAAGACAAAGGACCUGCCAUUGAAACUUACAUUGGAUUUAUUGAAAAUUAUAGAGAUCCAGCAGGUCAAAGAGGAGAAUUUGAAGGAUUCGUUGCAAUGGUAAAUCGUGAUAUGUCCAAAAAGUUUUUAACUCUUGUUAACAAUGCUGAAAAACUAUUGCCAUUAUUACCAUGGGGUAAAGAUUUUGAAAAAGAUCAAUUUUUGAGACCUGAUUUCACGUCUCUUGAUGUUUUAACAUUUGCAAGCUCUGGAAUUCCUGCUGGCAUAAACAUACCAAAUUAUGAUGAAAUUAGGCAAUCAGAAGGAUUUAAAAAUGUAUCACUUGGAAAUGUUAUUCCAGCGAGUAUGAAACAAGAUGUGAUACCAUUUGUAUCUGAAGAAGAUCAAGCGUUGUUAAAUAAACACCGAGUUACUAGUUUUGAGGUACAAGUAGGUCUCCAUGAGUUGUUAGGCCAUGGUAGUGGCAAAUUACUAAGGAAAUCAAAUGAUGGUUCACUUAAUUUUGACAAAGAUAAGGUUGUGAGCCCUAUUACAGGUGAACCUGUAACAAAAUAUUACUUAGAUGGAGAAACAUAUGAUUCAAUAUUUGGUGCAAUGGGAUCUUCAUAUGAGGAAUGCAGAGCUGAAGCCGUUGGACUAUACUUAAGUUUAGAAAAAGAUGUGAUCAAAAUAUUUGGCUAUGAUGGUUCUGAUGCAGAUGAUGUUAUUUAUGUAAACUGGUUAUCUUUACUGUGGAAUGGUUGUGCCAGAGCUUUAGAAAUGUAUCAGCCAUCUACAAAAAAAUGGUUGCAAUCUCACUCUCAAGCACGGUAUGUGCUGCUAAGGGUUUGUUUGGAGGCUGGAGAAGAUUUUGUCAAAAUUGUUGAAACAGAGCCUGGUAAAAACUUGAGAUUAACUGUAGACAGAAGUAAGGUGAACACAGUAGGUAAGAAAGCUAUUGGCGACUUUUUGAUGAAAUUGCAGUAUUACAAGAGUACUGCAGAUAUUAAAGCUGCACAAGAAAUGUAUGAUAAGUACAGUGAAGUACCUGAAAGUGGUCCACAUCCAUGGGCCAAAUGGAGGGAUAUUAUCUUAGCUCACAAGCAACCAAGAAAGAUAUUUGUACAGUCAAACACAACUGUUAAUGCUCAAGGAACUGUUGUAUUGAAGAGCUAUGAACCUACUUUUGAAGGAUUGAUACAAUCCUGGAUUGAAAGAUUCCCAUCGUCAAAUGUGUCUGAAAAUCUCCUAAAACUGUGGGAAAAAGACGAGAAGUUCUUCUAUCCCACAGAACUAAAGAAUUAAAUCCAUCCUGCAUACGCCAUCGCAGACGCAGGAUAGAUGACAAGCAUUUAAAUAAAUUUUUUACAAAGCACAGGUUGCAAUAUGAAGAUUUUGCUAAUUCAGCUUUAAGUAUGUUUUAUAAUUAUAAAAAAAUAUUAUAAAUAUUAUAGAUCUAUUGUAAUUAUCAAUUAAAUAAAAAUAUGAGACUUUUAAAAAA